CGCUCUUCCUUCCUUCCUUGCAAUUCCGCCCCCCUUAUCCUUCCCUCAGUGCUCUCUUGUAUAAAGCCCCCCUCUCUCCAACCUUUUUUCUUCAGCUUGGACGUUCCCUUCUCAGAGAGAACUUACAAGCUUAAAGCUCUUAGCUUAAAACAAUCCAGAACCACAAACCCCUUCAACAUUAAUAAGAAACCCCCCACCCCCCAAUUCCAAUUCACGCCUUACAAUAUUAUCUUCCCUUCCAUCCAUUUUUCAUUUCUGUAUCAAUAAUCUUUUGUGCUUUUUUUCUUCUUAUCAAUAUAUAAAUCCUCCCAACCAAACAUGCAUUCCUUGUCAUCGUCGCCGCCGGGAAUUUGUUUGAAGUCCAUGACUGGGACGAAAUCGCCGAGUACCACCAACCGGGUUGGGCCGGCUCGACUCCUCAUCCGGUGCGUUUACCGAUUCGACUCGGCCAACGCCCCCCCCAGCUCUGCCAGCUUCAACAUCGGCACCGGCGCCGUCUCCACUCGAGCCGACUGGCAAAGCGCCUGCGCCAUUCUGGCCAGUAAGGUGGUGUCGCAGCAGCAGGACACCAAGAAGAGCGACAGCUCCGACAAUAUCACCGCCGUGAACGGCCACAAAACCCUAGAUCUUGUCCCCAUAGACAAGAACCUCCCGAAGCCUCUCACCGUUUCCGAUCUCAGCCCGGCGCCGAUGCACGGCUCCAAGCUCAGAGUGGCCUAUCAGGGAGUCCCCGGCGCCUACAGCGAAGCAGCGGCGGGUAAGGCCUACCCGAACUGCGAAGCAAUCCCCUGCGACCAGUUCGAGGUCGCAUUCCAAGCCGUCGAGCUCUGGAUCGCUGACCGCGCCGUGUUGCCGGUCGAGAAUUCGCUCGGCGGCAGCAUCCACCGGAACUACGACCUCCUCCUUCGCCACCGCCUCCACAUCGUCGGGGAGGUCCAGUAUCCCGUACACCACUGCCUCCUCGCACUUCCAGGCGUCCGGAAGGAGUACCUCACUCGCGUAAUCAGCCACCCCCAAGCCCUGUCCCAGUGCGAGCACAGCCUCACCAAGCUCGGCCUGAACGUCACGCGCGAGGCCGUCGACGACACAGCCGGUGCGGCGGAGUUCGUGGCGGCCAAAAACCUCCGUGACACCGCCGCCAUCGCCUCGGCACGCGCCGCCGAGCUCUACGGACUCCAUAUCCUGGUCGACGGCAUCCAAGACGACUCCGGCAACGUGACUCGGUUCUUGAUGCUGGCGCGCGAGCCGAUCGUCCCGCGAACCGACCGGCCGUUCAAGACGAGCAUAGUGUUCGCGCACGACAAAGGGACGUCGGUGCUGUUCAAGGUGCUGUCGGCGUUCGCGUUCCGGAACAUCAGCCUAACGAAGAUCGAGAGCCGGCCGCACCGGAACCGGCCGAUCCGGCUGGUGGACGACGCGAAUGUAGGUACCGCCAAGCACUUCGAGUACAUGUUCUACAUCGACUUCGAAGCUUCCAUGGCGGAAGUGAGAGCCCAGAACGCUCUGGCGGAGGUUCAGGAGUACACGUCGUUCCUCAGGGUGCUGGGAAGCUAUCCCAUGGACAUGACCCCUUGGUCACCGUCCGGGGAAGAUUAACACCAACUCUUUACAAUUCUCCCUCCUAUUUUCCUUUUUUCUUUUUAUUUUGAUCCUUAUUAUUAUUAAAAGUUAAAAACAAUGGAUUUAAUUCCCUCCUCUUUUUUUUAAAAAAAAAUAUUUUCAAUUCAAAAUUGAAUCCAACAAAAACAGUGGUUGUUGGGUAAAUAUGUAAUUGGCGUCAAAAGUUUGGGCCUUUGUUUGUUGAGUAAAUAUGUUAUGUGUAACGUCACGUCCAAGUGUAAUGUUCAUGUGUUUGAGACGAGUAUGAACUCUGAACGUCAACACAUACACAUUUACAAAAUUGUCCACUGUAUUUGACAAAAUACUUAAAAAUCACUCAUAACCAUAACUCUAGAAAAUUAUAAUUUGGCUAAUAUUGGAUUAUUAUUCUGUUUCUUAGUUAUUAUUUACACAAAUAAGGGCCUUAUUGUUAGAUCCGCGUAAUCCAAUUGAUUUGGCGUCCCGUACCAUCAUCUUUCUUCUACCGCGUACUCCACAAAGGGUUUCUUUUUCUUUUCUUUUGUUGUCUUUUUAAGGUAGCCUUACAUUAUCUCAAGACAUAUAUCAAGUUGUUAAACAAGUGAUAUGUAUGUUGGAUUUGUACCGAUAAAUUGUGAAUUCGAUUUUCAUCU